UCUCUUCGACCCGCUAGAGAAGCUAGUGCCUCGUAGCCGAUCGGCCCCGCGUUACAUGUGAUACCAGUGCCCGUGUACCAUGGUGACAGUGUUUAUCGUUACGAGAAUUAUAAAUCAGUGACAAUUUUCAAGGGAAGCGACGAAGGCCGAACUCUCGCACACCGUACUAUACCCGGCGGCGAGAUGUCGGUGAUGCAGAAGCGCCAGCACUGCUACCUGUGCGACUUGCCCCGUAUGCCGUGGGCGAUGUUGCACGAUUUUUCGGAGGCGGUUUGUCGUGGAUGUGUUAACUACGAGGGAGCAGAUAGGAUAGAGGUGGUCCUGGAGACUGCGAGACAGUUGAAGCGCGCACACGGAUUCCAAGAGGGCCGCGGGCCGACUCACGCCAAAGGAGCUCAUCGGGCCCCUUUAGAAGCACACCAGAAUGGAACAGAAACAACGGCCCGGGGCCAGCCGGCCCCACCGGCUCACCACGCACCUGCCACUGGAUUUACGUUACAUCACUCAAGACCCGCCGCUAAUGCGGGCCUCUUAGCGGAAUACGGCGGAAGGAGAGAGGAGCAUGAGGGUAGGCGACUGGCUCAUUUGCCAUUGGCCCAUCUUCCAACUCACGGAGGCGCCCGACUCGCUCCCGGGCUGACGCUCAAACGACCCCUGGACGACGAUGACCAUCAAACUCAUCACGAGCCCACAAAGAGGCUCCUGGAAGAGCACUCUCGGCCGCCACUAACUCGCGGGGAAUCCUUGCCCGCCGUAUCUCUGGCUGCUCCUUUUGCGCCCGACAGGGUUUUCAAACAAGAGAAACAUCCAAUGCGAACGCCAUCGUUCGACGCAUCUUCUUUUAAAACUAACGGUAAGUUUUUAAGAUACGCUAACAGCGCUCCACUAACGAAUGGUUCGGCGGGGUCGCCGCUGGGGCGCGCGGCGGGCUCGCCCCCGGUGUCGGGGGCGGGCGCAGGGCCGGGCGCGGGCCCGUCCCCCAUGGCGGCGCUCAUGUCCGUGACUGACACGCUGCCGCCCGGCUCGCCGCGCUCCGCCGGGGGCUCCCCGCCCCAGCCGCCCCAGCGCUCCGCCAGCCGGUCCAGCCAACAUUCGCCCAACUCCUCAGGGUCGAACGGCGGUCGGCGGUCGUCGGGCUCGCGACACGUGUCGUCCACCACGUCGGUCUCGUCCAGCGAGGCGGGCGAGGGCGAGGCGGCCGCGCCGCUGCUUAAGUGCACUCUGUGCCAGGAGCGCCUCGAAGACACUCACUUCGUCCAGUGCCCAAGCCAACCCCACCACAAGUUCUGCUUCCCCUGCUCAAGGGACUCCAUCAAGCGGCAACAGGGCUCCGAGGUGUAUUGCCCAAGCGGGGAGAAGUGCCCCCUUGCGAACUCGACAGUCCCCUGGGCGUUUAUGCAGGGUGAGAUAGCUACCAUCCUCGGUGAGGAAUUCAAGCCGAAGAAGGAGAGGGAGACCUAG